AUGGAAAAGUACGCGAGGGAUUGCUCUGAUUAUUCUGGUAUCAUUGAUGACCUGACCCCAGACGAUGUGCGAAUUUUGGUCGAAUCAGUUGACGAAUGGCAUCGCGCAAGUCUUGGUGGUUUCCAACGCCUCUUCCCCAUUGCCGGCCCCUCUGGUAUCCGCCUUCUUCGUUUUCUCGAGCCCUCAUUUGUACCCUUAGCAACCUUAUCUCAAGCUGGUGCCGCCAGCGCAACGGGCGCUGUUGGCGAGGCAACCACUGAUCACAUUCGCUUGACACGCUAUUAUGACAUACUCUUGCAUGCCUUUUUGACGCCUUGCAUCUAG